CGUGUCAAGCUGGACUCACUAAGUUGUGGUGGUUACUGUGAUGAAGCUGAGCGCUUUGUUCUGUGCGCUCUUCUUUCUUCCUGCCUCACUUCCUGUGUACAGUGUGGUUUGGCAUUGAACAUACACCCAUGCACCCCCCACCCCCACCCCACCACCGCCACCGGACCUGCGAAACACACACUUUAUCUGGGAUUAAUGCACUCGGUGCCGCUCGCUUCGGACGGCCUGCUCGGGUCAUCGUCUCUCGUCCGACGUGCGGCUCUACGGCCCGAGCGCAACCCCCCCGACAAUGUGCUCCCACUCUGACGAUUCCCUUUUUAGCACGAGCUUCCGUGUGCGAUUGGAGAAGAGACGCUCUUUAGCUCGACGCGUGUCGGAAGUGUCCUCAUCCUACAAGGAAGACGCCCCUCGCGCACACACGCAAGUAGACUCACACACCCUGGACACCAGCUUUUGGAUGAAUCGCUGCUGCACGGUGCAGGUCUGCGGCCACGCGGACGAUACGUAGGAGCGCGAGGACCAGGAACGCUCGGCCCUCGGAUCUCGGCUCUGGCGGAAGGCGAGCAGGCUCCAGCCCCCCGGAGACACCCAAGGCCGCUUCGACGGCACCGAGUCCCGGACAGCGAGCGGCCAGCGAAGAACCCAGACAUGUGGGGCAGCCGCCGGGGGCGGGCUCAAUAACACGGUUACGGAGCGCAGCGCUUUACUCCUCACGCCCUGCUGUCGGCGACCGCUCCGAUUGGUCCGUCUCCCCGCAGGCCGGAUUUAUAGGUUGCCGAAAGAUUUGUGCACAUAAGGAGAUUACGGAAUUAACGUGGUUCUUGUGUGAUUGUAGGAGACAAUUGAUAUUGGGUUUUAAUCGCUGCAGCGCCGCACGGAGCCUCAUUCGCCGGGGCUCGCCACGCGGACGCCUCGCGGCGCCAUCCCGGCAAUCGCGAGCGGGCCGAGGGCGCCCCGACGACGCAACGACCGGGCAGGAGGCCGGCGGGCGAUGAGCCGGAGCGAACGCUCGCCCUGAUCCGCCGCGGCGGGAAGGACGGCUCCGUCGCCGGGUUCCGGGGCCGCCGCGCUCCCCUCUCGUCCCGUCUCGAGGGUCUCCACCGGCAGGGCGGCCUCCUCCGUCUUCCUCGCCGUCUGGCGCUCGCCUCGCUCCUCCGCGCUCUUUCUCGUGCCGUUCCUACCUGGCCGCCGCUCCCCGUUGGUUCGCUCGUUCGCUCUUCGUCACGAUGCGCGUCUCCCUCCUGCUCUCCAGGCUGCUUCUCCUGGGCGCGCUUUGGCCGCUUGCCCUGCCGGGCGGACCCCGCUUCCCUGGGCAUCGAAGGCACAAGGACGUUUACCUGGGGGAGCACGUCAGCCACAAGCACGGAGGACACAUAGACUUCAAGAUGAAGAAGUCAGACAGCACCAAGUCCCUGCUCAUCAAGUCAGAGCAGCUCCUGCGUAUCGAAGACCACGACUUUGCUAUAAGACCUGGCUUUGGAGGUGCAGCGAUCCCGGUGGGCAUCGACGUCCAGGUGGAGAGCAUCGACAGCAUUUCGGAAGUCAACAUGGACUUCACCAUGACGCUGUACCUACGGCAUUACUGGCAAGACGACCGCCUCGCCUUCCCCUCCAGCAACAACAAGAGCCGCACCUUCGAUGCCCGGCUGGUGAAGAAGAUCUGGGUGCCCGAUGUGUUCUUUGUACACUCCAAACGCUCCUUCAUCCAUGACACCACCAUGGAGAACAUCAUGCUGAGGGUCUACCCUGACGGCAACAUCCUCUACAGCGUGAGAAUCACGGUGACGGCCUUGUGCUCCAUGGACUUCAGCAGGUUCCCCCUGGACACGCAGAAUUGUUCUCUGGAGCUGGAGAGUUAUGCAUAUAAUGAGAACGACCUGAUGCUCUACUGGAAGAACGGAAAUGAUUCUUUAAGGACUGAUGAAAUUCUGCUCUCUCAGUUUUUUAUUGAGGAAUUUAACCCCUCCUUUGGAUUGGCCUUCUACAGCAGUACAGGCUGGUACAACAGGCUCUACAUAAACUUCCUUCUCAGGAGGCACAUCUUCUUCUUCAUGCUGCAGACGUACUUCCCCACCAUGCUGAUGGUGAUGCUCUCUUGGGUCUCCUUCUGGAUUGACCGACGGGCCGUUCCGGCUCGCGUCUCGCUAGGUAUCACUACUGUGCUGACCAUGUCCACCAUCAUCACAGGCGUGUCUGCGUCCAUGCCUCAGGUGUCCUAUGUCAAGGCGGUGGACAUAUAUCUGUGGGCCAGCUUUCUCUUCGUCUUUCUGUCCGUCAUUGAAUAUGCUGCUGUCAACUACUUCACCACCAUCGAGGAGAUGAAGAAGCACAAAGGGGGGACGGUUCCUACUACCUUCAACACUGCCGAGGCCAUGGCUUUCGACGGAUGUUUCCAUGAUAAUGACAUUGACCUACAACCAUUUCCUGACAUUUCUGGACCCAACGCCUCCGACCAGCCAACAUCCCAUCAUAACUCGGCCCAAUCGCCUGCCUCUGAGGGCACCUGGCUGCACCGAAAACGAUCGGUGAGGAAGAACCUGGAUUUCAUCAUGAGCAACAGCUACAUGAUUGACUCCUACUCUCGUGCCCUUUUUCCUCUGGCUUAUCUGCUCUUCAACAUUAUCUACUGGAGCAUGUAUUCUUAGACAUGCUCUAAAGCACAGAACCAGUUCUCUGAAGGAGAGAAGCCUGCAUUCUCGGGUCAUGAACAUGGCAGCGUCCGAUGGCCCUAAGCUGCAGUAUGCAGCAGCAACAGGCCAAAGCACUGAAUACUGUAAAUGACAACUAUGACUUGAAACAGCACUGACAUCCCUAAAUGACACGUCGUUUGCCAAAAAAGCACUUAUACUACAGCACCCUGGUCCAAAAGCACCGAUACACUAAUACCCUACUAUUGUGGGCAGCAAUGGUUAAAAACUUGGGUCUGUCACAAGAGCACAGGUCACCCGUUCCAGUUCCUUUUUACAUGGCACCUGUAAACAGAUUGAACCUGGUGACCAGUUGCACCGUUCACCUGUGUAACAGUGCGAAACCAUCCGAUAAACAAUGAGAGAACAAAGCAAACACUGGGGCCGAAACGCUACGCAUCGCAUUCAUAUCCUGGUCCUGCUCUUCCGCAAGUCUGGUUUCUUGGGCUUGGUGCUUGAAGAACUGGCUUGGCUGCAUUGCAUCACGGAACAGUUCCUUGUCGGCUGACAUACACACAAAACAGCAGUACGAAAAAGUGCAGUCAAGAGUGCAAAUUUGAACACAAGGUGGACCGGCUAUAGUGGCUCCAAAUGUCACCAUAAGGCCGUUGCGCUUUUAAAGCUUGAGCAAAUUGAAAUGAAGCCAAGGUGUGUUUGUGUACAUGGCUGAGUGAAGCUCACAGGUCUGGCAUGGAACGACAGCGUUCUAAUCGUACACACACCUCAGAACAGUGUGCCGUGGGUGUGCGAGCGAGCAUUUGUGUGCAUGUGUCCAAUGAAGAAAAAUACCUGAACAAAAUAUCAAAUGCUGAAACUAAAAAAAAAUGUUUUAUUGUUUCUUCUUUGUGGAUUAUUAACAUGCAAAUCAAUAACUACUGUAUACUGUACAACUACAAAGCACAAUAAAAGAUGUUUUACCAACUUCAGUAAAACUUGUAUCAAGUACUAAGUGUUUACAUUAAAAGAAAAAGUUGAUAAAACCAACUCAAACUUCAUU